AUGCCACUAACAAUCCUCUCGGGAGCCCAGCUCCGUUCCUUGCUCGAGUCGCUAGACCAUGACCAGAUCGUUUCCAUUCAGCAGCAUCUUGCGAAUGCCCUUCGAGACUACUCGGUCGGAAACCAGGACUCCGGUUGCGCAGCUACAUUCCAGCCCCGGAGAACCGCAGUUACGCGACAUAAUGGCAGUACGACGUUGUUUAUGCCCGCCAGCACUCGCCACACGAUCGGGAUAAAAGUCACUUCGUUGCAGGAUGGCGGCGGUCCGUUGGGCUGCGAAGUCGAUUCGGGGAUGGACCUCCGCGGAGUCAGGAAGAGCAUUCCAGGAGAAGCAGGGUCGAGACACUCUAUGGCUUCUGUGUCCUCUGAGUUGAGUGAACUGUCGGUUUCGUCCCAGGAAGAUGCGGCUGGGCGGUCCUCGAGCACAUCCAGCGGCGCCGAGUCGCUUCCAUCGGCUUCUCUGAAUAACAUCCCGAUCGACGCUGCGGCUGGGGAGGUGUCUAAGACCAUGGGGGCGUGGCCGGGUGCCGGAACCAGGGAUACCUCCCCGCAGGGGAGCGUUACGCUCCUAGACGACAAUAGUCUACCGUUUGGGCUGAUUAACGCGCACGAGCUGACUCCCUUCCGCACUGCAUUAACGACCACGAUGCUCUUGAAGAAGCGUAAACGUGUGCGCACCAUCGUAGUCUUUGGAGCGGGCAAACAGGCGUACUGGCAUAUUCGACUGGCCGUGAUCUUACGCGGGGCGGAUAUGAAGCGGGUGUUCAUCGUCAACCGAUCAUUCCAGCGCGCUGCGCAGCUCCUGCGGGAGAUCUACGCGCCCGAGAACUCCAGCUGGCGAGGCACCGUGAAGUUCUCUGCCGUGAGCAGUGAUUUCGGCGAGUACCGGCGGAUCCUCCACGAUGCGAUUCACAAGGCUGACGCCAUCUUCUGCUGUACGCCAUCGCACGAACCGCUUUUCCCGGCCGAGCUUCUCACCUCGCACGAAGGGAGACGCAAGGGUCGACUCAUUAGUGCUAUCGGAUCCUACAAACCACAGAUGACGGAGCUCGAUCCCGAAAUCCUUCGUCAGGAGGUCGCCGUGCAACCACCGCAUCGCCAUUUCCACAAACAUGUCCAGCGCAGCGGCGUUGUAGUGGUGGACAGUCUAGACGCGGCGAUGAAGGAGGCCGGAGAGCUCAUCCAGGCGGACAUCAAAUCGCACCAAGUGGUAGAGAUCGGCGAGUUGCUGAUGGUCCGUGAUGCGGUCCGUGAUGCUGCAAAGGAUCCCAUGGAAGACGACGACACCAAACAUCUACAACAGUGGGUUGAACGAGGAAACAUCAUCUUCAAGGGGGUAGGGUUGGGGUUGAUGGAUUUGGUGACCGGAAGCGAUUUGGUCGAGUUGGCGCGAGAGAGGCGCAUCGGGACCACAGUGGAUGAAUUUUAG